GGAUGCCGCCGUACGUGCUGCGGGUGCCUGGCGGGCCCCGCGGGGAACCGGGUGGCCUGCUUCCCGUGGAGGAGGACGACACCGGCCUGCUGCGCGGCUAUGCGGAGAUUCCUCCGGGCGUGGCGGAGGGCGACCAGUUCGAGGUGGCGACGGACGGCGGCGUGCUUGAGUUCGAUGCGCCCGGCUUCCCGCUCUUCCGCAAGCUGGCGUGGUCCUCAG